CGGGGAGUUGGUAGGAGAGGCUGGGUAAUCUGGUCUGGGAGAGCAAGAGCCAUGGCUGGCCUGGUGGACUUCCAGGAUGAGGAACAGGUGAAGUCGUUUCUGGAGAAUCUGAAGGUGGAGUGCAACUAUCAGUGCUACCAAGAGAAGGACCCGGAUGGUUGUUAUCGGCUGGUGGACUAUCUGGAAGGAAUCCAGAAGAAUUUUGAUGAGGCUGCCAAGGUCUUGAAGUUCAACUGUGAAGACAAUAAACACAGUAAUAGCUGCUACAAACUGGGGGCCUAUUACGUGACUGGGAAAGGUGGACUGACCCAGGACUUGAAAGCUGCUUCCAGAUGCUUUCUGAUGGCGUGUGAAAAGCCUGGAAAGAAGUCUAUGGAGGCAUGUCACAAUGUUGGUCUCCUGGCACAUGAUGGACAGGUCAAUGAUGAUGGCAAGCCUGAUCUGGGGAAGGCCAGAGACUAUUAUACAAGGGCCUGUGAUGGCAGCUAUGCCCCUAGCUGCUUCAACCUCAGCACCAUGUUUCUGCAGGGGACUCCCAACUUUCCCAAGGACAUGGGCCAAGCAUGCCAAUACUCACUGAAAGCCUGUGACCUAGGUCAUAUCUGGGCCUGUGCUAAUGCCAGUCGGAUGUACAAGCUGGGGGACGGUGUGGAGAAGGAUGAAGCAAAGGCCGAGAUGCUUAAAAAUCGGGCCCUGCAGCUGCAUAAAGAGCAGCAGAAAAACGUCCAACCUUUAACGUUUGGGUAGUGUGGCCCACCCUGCUGUACAGCAGAGGCUGGCCCCUCCUAUUCCCGAUGCAGCCCUGGGGGGUCAACCUGCUGGAGCAGAAAGACUUGGGACUUGCUAUUAGUAGCCCUGGUUACAUAUACCUGUAACCCAGGUAUAUGGUUACAUUGUCACCUACUGGGAUAUAGCCUGAAGUGUUUAUUUCUUUAACUGGUGUGUUCUCUGAAGAGACCCAUAUUAAUGGGGUCUUAGAUCUCAAAUUCUUAUAGUUCUGUGAAAACCAGCAAACUAGAGAGCUAUGGAGAUUGGGGGUGAGACAAAGAGCGGGAAAUUGGAUAAAUUAGCAGUUACAGAGCCUGAGGGAAUCAGACAUCAUCAUCAUCAUGAUUAUUUUAGUUGGAGGAGUGGGGCUUGAAAAUCAGAAAGUAUCUUGAUUUACAUAGUAGAGGCUUAAGGAACCAAGAAUAGUCAUGACUGCCACCCUCUGGUUUAUGUAAUCUUGGCGUGGGCUUUUUGCCUUUAGAGUCACAUUUUCCAAUAAAUUCAGAGAUCAGAAAGGUUAAAAGUUGAUAUACUUCAGGGCUGCUAAGGAGAAUGAAGCAGGCUCUCCUUCAGUGGAGACAUCCCAAUGGGCCAGCAUCCCCAGCCCACUUACCUGGUGCUGCUCAUCACACUGAGGCAGCAGGUUAUUCAGGUAGGGAUUUGUAAGUAAGGGCUUUGUGGCAUAUUUUGUCCCUCAGAACUGAACCUUUUUAACUAUUUUGAUUGAUUAGUAUUUUUGUUAGCGUGUUCUCUCCAGUUUCUGGGUAGGGUAGAGAUUUUCUUGAGAACAUUUGGCUUUUCUAUUCUCCUAAUUUGUCACUAGGGGGCGAGCUUGUAAUUUUCUUGGUGAUAACAGGACUUAUUUCUGGCACUACCUACAGAUUUUAGGGCUUCCAGUUUUGCAGCUAUGUUAGAGGGAAGGCUUGCUGUGUGGAUGGUUUGUAAGCAUAGUCCACCAGUUUCUCCAGUUGAUAGAGAGGGACUUUCCCAAGAGUAGACAAGUUCUAAAAAAGUGAGUUCGUUUAAAAAAUACAGCUUUUGUCAUGUUUCAAAUAAAUAGGCCAAAAAGCACAUGAAAAGAUGUUCAACAUCGCUAGUCAUCAGGGAAAUGCAAAUCAAACCACAAUAGGGUAAUUAUCUUACCCUUUUCAGGAUGGCUAUUUAAAAAAAAAGACAACAUGUUUGCAAGGAUACACAGACUGGAAACCUUACACAUGGUUGGUGGGAAUGUACAGUGGUGCAGUCACUAUGGAAAACAAUAUGAUGUUUCCUAACAAAUGAAACAGUUAACAUGUGACCUGGCAAUUCCACAUCUGGGUAUAUGUUUGAAAAAAUUGGCAGCAGAGUCUCUGAGAUAUUUAUACACCCGUGCUCAUAGAAGCAAUCAUAAUAGCCAAAACACACAACAAUGUUAUGUGGCCUUGAAAGGAAGGAAAUUCUGAUACAUGUGUAAUAUGGAUGAACCUUGAAGACAUUAUGCUGAAUGAAAGAAGCCAGUCACGAAAAGGUACAUAUAUGAUUCCACUUAGAUGAGGUAUCUAGACUCAGAAACAGAAUGGUGGAUGCCAUGGUCUAGGAGGAGAGAGAAAUGGGGAGUUGUUUAAUGGGAAUAGCAUGUCAAUUUUGCAAGAUGAAAAACUUCUAUAGAUGACUUGCACAAAGAAGAUGAAAAUUCUUAACACUACUGAACUGUCCACCACAGAUGGUUAAGAUGGUAAAUUUUCUUUGUACAUAACCACAGUAUUUUUAAAAACUGACAUUUAAAUUUUUUUAAAUGCAAUAUCUGAAGUUUGGGGCUAUAAAAAAGCCCUGGCUAGUGUGGCUCAGUGGAUUGAGCACUGGCCUGCGAACCUAAGGGUUGAUGGUUCAAUUCCCAGUCAGGGCACAUGCCUGGGUUGUGGGCCAGGUCCCCAGUGGGGGGCAUGCAAAAGGCAACCGUACAUUGAUGUUUCUUUCCCUUCACCUCUCUAAAAAUAAGUAAAACCUUUAAAAAAGUACUAUAUUCUCUUGAAAUGAAGUUUGGAACAUAGCAAAAAAAAACCAACCUUUCACUACCCUUUACCACCUACCAGCUUUGGCCCAAUAAUGUUGUUUAACUACCCUUUAAGAAUCACAUCUUCCAGUGGAUUGAGCGCAGGCCUGCAAACCAGAGGAUCGCAGUUUGAGUCCCAGUCAGGGCAUAUGUCUGGGUUGCAGGCCAGUUCCCAGCAGGGGACCCACGAGGGGCAACCAUACAUUGAUACUUCUCUCCUUCCCUUCCCCUCUAAAGAUAAAUAAAUAAAAUCUUUUAAAAAAAUCA